AAUCCGAGGCGCCGGGAGCGCCAACCUUCGUGCCCACCCGCCGGACCAGGUGCGGACCUGGGAGCUGCAGGGAAGCGGGUCCUAGGACAGGGAUUGGAUCCCGGGUCGGGGCUUCGGAGAUCCGGAGAUCAGAGUGCCCGUGUGCAAGCACUUGAGUGGUCCUUGGUUGGACGCACCUGUGAAACCUCACAGUGGCGCUCCGUGGGCUCCAUGAACCUGCCUCCUGCUCUUUCAGGGAUGGAGGCGAUGGCAGCCAGCACUUCCCUGCCUGACCCUAGCGACUUUGACCGGAAUGUGCCCCGGAUCUGUGGGGUGUGCGGAGACCGAGCCACAGGCUUCCACUUCAAUGCUAUGACCUGUGAAGGCUGCAAAGGUUUCUUUAGGCGGAGCAUGAAACGGAAGGCGCUCUUCACCUGUCCCUUCAAUGGGGACUGUCGCAUCACCAAGGACAACCGACGCCACUGCCAGGCCUGCCGGCUCAAGCGCUGUGUGGAAAUUGGCAUGAUGAAGGAAUUCAUACUGACAGAUGAGGAGGUGCAGCGCAAGCGGGAGAUGAUCCUGAAGCGCAAGGAGGAAGAGGCCUUGAAGGACAGUCUGCGACCCAAGCUGUCUGAGGAACAGCAGCACAUUAUUGCCAUCCUGCUGGACGCCCACCACAAGACCUUUGACCCCACCUAUGCUGAUUUUGACCAGUUCCGGCCUCCAGUACGAGAACAUGAGAGAAAAGCGAGUCAACCUACAGGACACACUCCCAGCUUCUCCGGGAACUCCUCCUCUGGCUCAGAUCUCUUCACCACCUCUCUAGACAUGAUGGAGCCAUCUAACUUCUCCAACCUGGAUCUGAAUGAAGAAGACCCAGAUGACCCUUCUGUGACUCUGGACCUGUCCCAACUUUCCAUGCUGCCCCACCUGGCCGACCUGGUCAGUUAUAGCAUCCAAAAGGUGAUCGACUUUGCCAAGAUGAUCCCAGGAUUCAGUGAUCUCACCUCUGAUGACCAGAUCGUGCUGCUGAAGUCGUGUGCCAUCGAGGUGAUCAUGCUGCGCUCCAACCAGUCUUUCACUGUGGAUGACAUGUCCUGGGAAUGUGGCAACCAUAACUAUAAGUAUAAUGUCACUGACGUGACCAAAGCUGGGCACACCCUGGAGCUGAUUGAGCCCCUUAUCAAGUUCCAAGUAGGGCUAAAGAAGCUAAAUUUGCAUGAAGAGGAACAUGUUCUGCUCAUGGCUAUCUGCAUCGUCUCCCCAGACCGACCUGGGUUGCAGGACACCAAGCUGGUUGAGGCCAUCCAAGAUCGCCUGUCCAAUACGCUGCAGACCUACAUCCGCUGCCGCCACCCUCCCCCAGGCAGCCACCUGCUGUAUGCCAAGAUGAUCCAGAAGCUGGCCGACCUGCGUAGCCUCAAUGAGGAACACUCCAAGCAGUAUCGCUCGCUCUCCUUCCAGCCUGACAGCAGCAUGAAGCUCACGCCCCUUGUGCUUGAGGUGUUUGGCAAUGAGAUCUCCUGACUAGGGUGGCCUGCAGUGGUGCCUAGGCCAGAUUGCUCCUCCAGAGUCAGGUGCCCAGGCCCCAAGCUGGCUGCAGCCCAGCAGCCCUUCCCAGCCCUCCUGGAGUUCAGCCCCACCUCUGCCAUCUCCCUUGUCUGUCUGGCCCAUCCUCUCUCCUGCCCAGUCUAACACAAGGUCCCCCUUUCCUGAAGGCCACAGGUUACCCACUGUCCCAAGAGACCUCAGUCAUGAGUUACUGUUUAUUUGACAAAGAAAAUCAAAUGGAGACAGAGGGCAGAGGCUGAAGGAGGGACCUUGCCAAGGGAUGUCCCCACCACUCCCUAAGUGGCUGCUGCUAAUGCAAGGGAAGGCAGGCAGGACAAAUGCACCCACUCCUCAGGGACAGAGAUAUGUCUACCUCCCCCAGGCCCAUACAUCCAGAGCCUGGUGGGGAGCCCCCUCUCCACAUCCAUCCUGAAUACAUAACUGGCCCACAAUUCCUACCCAACUCCAACUUAUCCUGAUACCUGUCUGCCGUUCUGUCCCAUCCACAAUAGGGCCUCCUCCCUCUGCCUUCCUUCUCCUGGUCUGCUUGGAACAGCCAAGGAUGAGCAAACCCAAGAGAACUAAGAUCAUGAUACCCCCUUCACACACCCUGCUGGCUGAAGGGCAUUCUUCCCUGGUAUGCCCACCUCCAUCCUUUGCCAUGGUAAUCCUCUCAUGGGAGGUAGCUCUGGCAUGCUGGGCUUCCUUCCCAUGGCAGGAGCUGCUGGCUCAGAACCCACUUGCUGAGAGGCCCCAGGAGGGCAGAACACAGGUCCAGGCAGUGGACAACAGACAAAGCCAGUCUCCCAAAAGAGCUAUGGAUGGCAGUCCCAGGCUUUCCCUGUCACAAAGCCCAGGGCUCAUUAGCCUGGAUAAAAUGUUGAUUGAGGGGAAGCUCUCUUUCCAACCAUCCACAUGGCAGAACUGAAUUGCCCCUGGAUUGCAAGAAGCCCUGCCUGCCACUGUCCUCCUCCUUACCCUGCCAGUGCCUUACCUCCCACCCAGGAGAGCAGACCCUCCUACUUUGGCCCCCACUGGGGCCUCACUCUCUGAUCACCAAGGGUGGCAAGGAAGUUGUCCCAGUCUCCCGUCUGGAGAAGCAGGACCCCCCUCUGACAAGUAUGUGGGGGUUGCAUCUUCUGCCCCUGGCAGGGAGGGAUGGAGGACUGCCCACGUGUACUUCCAAGAGAGCUACCCAGAUGUAGAACAAGGAGCAGCACCUGCACCUCAGGACUUGAGUGGAGGGAGCUGGUAGACCCAGGGGCUGGUCAGAGCACAUGGGGAGCCAGCAACGCGGGGCUGGUUCCCUUCUUAUCACUCCACUACCCAGAACUCAAAGGGAGCCUCUAAGUCACAGCCAGUGGGGGAAUACAUAACUUCAAACUCCAUUUCCUCCUGUAGCAGCCAUGCCCCGGAGGCGGGAACCCUUGGGUGAGCUCCCUGCUGAGGGGGUUGUGGGUAUGUACGUGGGCCACACACUGGGGCCUCUUCCAGAGGGACUUGGAGGGUCCUUGAGAUGACUGCUUGGAUUAGGGGAGCAUUUCCGUAUCCGAGUCAUCAACAGGAGGUAAGGUCAGUGGGAAUGUGGCCACCCAAAUCCCCAGAAGAUGUACCCCUCCACCUACAUCUGCAAUUCCCGGAAAACUGGGAGGAAUCAGACUCAACAUGGCAAGAACUGUCAGUGUCCUCCUGGCCCUGCAUUUCUCAGAAUCCUUCAGUUGAAAACACAUCUAAAGACCACAUUCCGUAUUGCGGAAUAGCAUACGUAUGGCUUCAUCUUCCAUAUGUUAGAUAUGAGUUGUUCCCAUUUGUACUAUGUUCUAAUAUUGAGGGUACCAGGCAGAGCGAUUUAUGGGGGCAAAACUUACCUUGUGAAAAUACUGUACAUUAAUGAAUAUUGUUAUUAUUGUACAAGGUCGAUAGGGAAAGACCUUUGAUUUUAGCUGCAGAAUGCAUUGACCUAGCUGGCUAUUCAGUGGGGCAAGAAAGCUUGAGAAUUGUUAAACUAGUCCAACCCAUUUGUUAAAGGAAACUGACACUUAGAAGAGGGUAUGACUUACCCAUGCUCAAAUAACUACAAGUUGUUUCAGGAGCUGGGCUCCUAGCAGGUUGGGAGGCUGAGGCAGGAGGAUUGAAAGUUCAAAGCUAGCCUCAGCAACUUAGUAAGGCCCUAAGCAACUUAGUGAGAUUCUAUCUCAAAAUAAAAAGGACUGAGACUGUGACUCAGUAGUUAAGGACCCCUGAGUUCAAUCCCUGGUACAAAAAAAAAAAAAAAAAAAGUCACUCCAGGGCUGGACAAAAAUUUGAAUUUAUAGUCCACUUCCCUUUUCAAUAUACAACACUUAAGCUCAGACCCUAUUUUCCAUUUCCCUGACAGCUGACUCGGAUUUAGACAAAGCAUGUCAAGAUCUGGGACCCCUUCCAUUUUUCCCUGGGUUGCAGCCCCACCAACCCAUCAAAAAGAGGAGGAGGAAGGACAUUCAGUCUCUGACUCAAUGUGAAUCAACCUCUCCCCCAGGGUGGCCCUGGCCUUUGGUGUCUCUGCCUCAGCCCUGUAUAAUGCUGUUGUUGCCUUAUCAAUAAAGUACAUUGAUCUUUAUAAUGUCUGCACCUUCCCGGCUCUCCCUCUGGCCCUGCCCUCUUCGGGGAACUCAACUGGACCUCCUGGGAACAAGCUGUUCAGCCCAGGGGCAGAUAACCACCCAGGACUCCCAGAGGGAAGUCUAGGAACUGGGAGGAAAAGAAAAAAGGAAAAAGUGAGGAUUCUGGGGUCUGAAUUGGGAGAAAAUUGUAUCAUCAGCCAGUCUGUUAGAAGGAGGGUGUGAAGGUGGACAUUUGUGAAGCAAAAAUGUUUAAAGUAUAUCCUUGGAAAUGAAGGAAAGCAUACACCAAAGUGGGAAAUAAACAAGAUUCCCAGAGACCAAAGAUCCUUCUGCUGGCUAACAGGAAGCAAGUAGGGGAAUCCAAGUGAGACCAACAGAGGAAGUUGGAAUGUACAAAAAUCAAGCAGCAGAAGAAAGCUUUAAAGGGUGCCUCCCAACUGAUCCUCAAAUCAGAAAAAAAAAAAAAAAAGUUUGCCAGAAGUUAUCAAAUAAACCAAUGAAAAAAGCUCUGCUUAUAGU